AUGACAGAGCUUAUGUCCAUGGAUAAUACACUUUCGCCAAAGAGUUUCUAUAUCUUUGGCAGUGGGAUUUCUUUCAGCAUUUCCCCAACCAUCCACAACGCAGGAUUCCAACACUAUAACCUCCCCUACACAUACGAAAUUCGCGAGUCACCGAGUAUUCAUGACGUUGCACAUUUGAUCGGAGAUAGCAAGUUCGGUGGUGGCAGCGUUACCAUGCCACACAAGCUUCAAGUCGACAAGUAUUGCACAAACCAGACCGUUACCGCUCGCACAAUCGGAGCCAUCAAUACCCUGGUGGUCCGAGGGGAAGGGAACGAGCGUAUCAUUACUGGUGACAACACAGACUGGUCUGGACUAUAUAACAUCAUCACCUCCUACACAACGAAAGGAAGUCGUCAGCCCAAGGCAGGGUUGGUCAUUGGAGCCGGCGGUGCAUCCAGAGCGGCACUGUAUGCCAUGCACCGAGUGGGUAUACCAAAGAUCUUUCUAGUAAACCGAACCUCCAAGACAGCAGAUAAGGUCAGAGCGGACUUCGAGUCGGUAUUCGAUAUCGAAGUACUUCCCGGACUCGCUAGCCUCAAGGAGCUCCCACAAUUACCCGACGUUAUCAUCGGGACCAUUCCUGCCGAUGUCACUUCGGAAGAACAGUUUUCUUCCAUCUUUGGAUCUCAGGGCCUUUGCAUUGAUAUGGCCUAUCAACCCAGGCAAACUCCACUUCUUACAGCGGCACAGAGACAGCAGGGCUGGAACACGGUCACCGGAGUAGAGGUAUUGCUUGCACAGGCCUAUGACCAAUUUGAGCUCUGGACAGCUCGUUCGGCUCCGAGGGGGGUGAUUGAAGAUGCAGUUGCAGCUCAUGAGCGCGAGAAAGCAAAACUGGCAUAA